CAGUUGUCUUCACUGAACUUUAACCCCCGGAACGCUUCCUGUUUGCUACGCUAGCAAAACAGGCCGGUGACCAAACUUCUAAAGUGGCAUAAUUUUGCUCGAAAAAUGUAUGUAAUGAGUAAUAAUCAAAGGUGUGGUAUAACGCGGGUAAUUUGAACAACUUAUGGGGUAAGUUUAAUGAGUUGAAGGUUAACUUAUUUAUAUAACGUGGUCCCUACACACCGGAGCUCUUGUAGAAAGAGCUCAGCAGCGCAUGCACUUUUUGCGUCGGAUAAAAAUAGCACAGCUCCCUCCCCCCAUUCUCAGCACAUUCUACAGAAGCAUUAUAGAAAGCCUGCUGAGCAACAGCAUCUCUGUCUGGACUGGAGCCUGCAAUGCCUCAGACUGGAAGUCUCUCCAGAGAGUGAUGAGGACGGCGGAAAAGAUUAUCAGGACUCCUCUUCCUCCUACCCAGGAGCUCGCAAAAAGCCGCUGCCUGACCAGGACUCAAAAAAUCUGCAAAGACUCCUCCCACGCCAACCAAGGACUGUUUUCACUGUUGGACUCUCGAAAGAGGUUCCGCAGCCUCCGAUGCAGAACCUCCAGGUUCUGUAACAGCUUCUUCCCUCAGGUCGUAAGACUCUUGAACACAUCAUCAUUACAUUAUCCCCUCAACUCCCCCCAAAAUGAAUUAACUCGCUGGAAUAAAAAAGACAAUAUAACAUACAUCCAUAAACAUGGAUGCAUAUGCAAAAGUGCAAUAUAUUUAUUUGUACAGUAAUCUAUUUAUUUAUACCUGGACCUUAUUGCUUUUUUUUUUAUCUUGCACUACCAAGAGCUAAUGCAACAACAUGUCAUUCUUAUUUGUACUGUAUAGUUAAAUUUUGAAUGACAAUUAAAAGGAAGUCUAAGUCUAAAACCGUGCCGAGCUAAUGCGGUAUUUGACAUUAAUUGUGUAAAGCUAUAGACAAUAAUUACAAUCAAACUGACCAAAGUAUAACUGUUAAAACAUUGCUUUGUCGUUCGGCCAGCUUCUUAGUAAAAUCUUCAAACCAUGGCUGGGAUGUUGCAGAGGACACUGAGGCUGAGGACUGCCGCUGCCCUGAAGCCCUUGAGCAAACACUUCAUCCAGUCCUCCACACAUGGCUCUCAGUUCUCCACCGGCCUGGGUCGAAGGCUUCACGGCGGGGGCGAUGUGGCCAACAAGUCCCCUGCUGCAGCUCCAGAGAGGCGACCUUUCUCCAGGGUGAAUCAAGAGGAUUUGGACUACUUCAGAAAAAUUCUACCUGGCAGAACUAUCACCGACCCCGAUUUGUUGGAGUCCUGCAACGUGGACUGGCUCAAGUCUGUGAAAGGUUCCAGUGAAUUGCUGCUGAGGCCUCAGUCAACAGAGGAAGUCUCUCAAAUUCUCAGCUACUGUAACCGUCGUAACCUGGCGGUGAACACGCAAGGAGGCAACACCGGGCUGGUCGGCGGCAGCGUUCCCGUUUACGACGAGAUCAUUCUGUCCACCGCCCUUAUGAACAACAUCCAGGGCUUUGACCCUGUCUCUGGGGUUCUGACGUGCCAGGCGGGUUGUGUUCUGGAGAACCUGUCGCUCUACCUGGAGCAGCGAGACCACAUCAUGCCUCUGGACCUGGGUGCCAAAGGCAGCUGCCAUAUCGGCGGCAACGUUGCCACCAACGCCGAUGUUUCAUUCCGAUGCUCCGUGGCUGUGAUGGUCCAGGUGUUGGCAGACGGGCAGGUCCUGGACUGCCUGGCCACUCUGAGGAAGGACAACACAGGAUACGACCUCAAACAGCUCUUCAUCGGCUCUGAGGGAACGCUGGGGGUCAUCACGGCGGUCUCUGUCCUUUGUCCUCGCAAACCCAAUUCUGUCAAUGUGCUUUUUUUGGGAUGUGAAACGUUUGAGGAUCUCCUGAAAACUUUUCAACUGUGCAAAGGCAUGCUGGGAGAAAUUCUGUCCGCUUUUGAGUUCUUGGACAGUGAAUGCAUGAGGCUGCUCAAUUCCCAUCUGAAACUGGAUAAUCCCAUCUCUGACUGUCCGUUCUACAUCGUCAUAGAAACGUCUGGAUCUGACGCGAGGCACGACGAGGAGAAACUGCACAACUUUUUGGAAGAGGCCAUGACCUCAUCACUGGUCACUGACGGGACAGUGGCCACAGAGGACUCCAAAACCAAGGCUUUAUGGUCGAUGCGCGAACGCGUCACAGAGGCUCUGACUCACGAUGGCUUCACAUACAAGUAUGACGUCUCGCUUCCCGUGGAGAAGAUCUACCAGCUGGUGACUGACAUGAGGGUGCACCUAGGGGGGCGAGCCAAAAGCGUGGUGGGAUACGGACACGUAGGAGACGGCAACCUCCACUUGAACAUCACCUCUCCCGCUCAAGACCCCGCCCUCCUGGCCGCCAUCGAGCCCUUCGUCUAUGAGUGGACGUCCGGCUGCCAGGGCAGCGUCAGCGCCGAGCACGGACUGGGCUUGAAGAAAAGGAACUACGUCUACUACAGCAAAUCCAGCCGGGCCGUCGCCUUGAUGGCCGUCAUUAAGGCUACGCUGGACCCCAAAGGCAUCCUCAACCCGUACAAGACUUUACCAGACCACCUGCGGUGACUCGGGAAGUCCUUCAAGGAAAAUGAAGGUACAGUAAUGUGAAGACAACUUCAUCUUUUGUGCACAGAGGUGAUAACGACACGGAAAUUGGAAAUAAAAAUUGGAGUAUGUUUUAAAGAACAGUGACCAGUAGUAGAACUUAACUGUAGAGCUUACUAGCAGUUGGUAUCGUAAAUCACGGACUAUAAGCCACUACUUUUUUCCAAUGCUUUGAACCCUGCGGCUUAUAAAACGGUGCAGCCAGUUUUAGAUUUUUCUUUGCUAAUGGCCGUAAUGCAAAUAGUUUGUUAGUGUGUUAUUGUUUGUGCUAUGGCAAAAUCUUGUAAACAAGUUUGCUCACUUGGGGUGUGUGUGUGUGUGUGUGUGUAUUUAUAUGUGUAUAUAUAUAUAUAUAUAUAUGUGUGUGUAUAUAUAUAUAUGUAUAUAUAUAUAUAUGUAUGUAUAUAUAUAUGUAUAUGUGUAUAUGUACAUAUAUAUAUUAGGGCUGUGAAUCUUUGGGUGUCCCACGAUUCGAUUCAAUAUCGAUUCUUGGAUCACAAUUCGAUAAUAUAUGGAUUUUUUUCAAUUCGAUUCGAUUCUCGAUUCAAAAACGAUAUUUUUCCUAUUCAAAAGGAUUCUGUAUUCAUUCAAUACAUAGGAUUUCAGCAGGAUCUACCCCAGUCUGCUGACAUGCUAGCAGAGUAGCAGAUUUAAAAAAAAAAAAAAAAGCUUUUAUAAUUGUAAAGGACAAUGUUUUAUCAACUGAUUGCAAUAAUGUAAAUGUGUUUUAACUAUUAAACGAACCAAAAAUAUGAGUUAUUUUAUCUUUGUGAAAACAUUGUACACAGUGUGUUGUCAAGCUUAUGAGAUGCCAUGCAAGUGUAAGCCACUGUGACACUAUUGUUCUUUUUUUAUUUUUUAUAAAUGUCUAAUGAUAAUGUCAAUGAGGGAUUUUUAAUCACUGCUAUGCUGAAAUUAUAACUAAUAUUGAUACUGUUGUUGAUAAUAUUAAUUUUUGUUUAACUACUUUUGGUUUGUUCUGUGUCGUGUUUGUGUCUCCUCUCAAUUGCUCUGUUUAUUGCAGUUCUGAGUGUUGCUGGGUCAGGUUUGCUUUUGGAAUUGGAUUGCAUUGUUAUGGUAUAUAUGAUAUAUAAAUAUCCGUUCGGCCACCGUGUUCAAUGGAGAAGUCUGAUCUACAAAAUUUGCAGGCAGGAAGCAUAUCCCUUCCCUUUCGAGCUGUCCUGGAUGAACUGAAAUUAUUCUUUCCAAUCAUUUUGGAACUUGCAAGCGUGCUUCUUCUUCUUUACUCAUCGCGGCCAUGUCUCUUCUUUGUUCCUCUGCUACGUCUCUGUUAUGUUUUUGGACAUUACUACUUGCCGUAGUUUUGAAGCAAUGCAUGACGGGAAUCCGGAUGUUGUGUUAACAUGUCGGCUGGAAUAAACACACGCUGAGAAAUA